AUGCCCUCGUGCAGCAGAUCCGGCGGGCUGGUGGCCCUGCUGCUCCUGCCGCUCGUCGCGUUCGUCACCUUUGCCGCGGCCGCCGGUGCUGCUUGUUCUACGACGUCGGCUGUGGUGCCGUCGACGGGCAAGAGCUGGAAGUCGUAUGCGGCGCCGGCGGUCGGCAUGGGCCAAGGCCAGGGCUGGAGCUCGAUCCCCUCUGGCGCCGCCGUGUGCGCCGCGGAUCUCGUGCGCGACUUCAAGGUCACCUCGAGCGGCGACACGGUGCCCUACUGGGUCACCAACGAAGUCAAGGGCAGCGUCGACCGCGCCGUCGUCGUCCUGGCGGGCAAGAACCGCGACGGCUGGUCCUACUUCAACCUCAUGCGCAACGCCAGGAACCGCGCUGCCGCCACCUACCCGGACGAGAUCAAGCGCACGCAAAUUGCCAUCUACACGCCCAUGAUCUUUACGCGCGCCGACAAGGCGGCGGGCGCGGCCUCGGCUACCGACGCCUACUGGGCCGGCGACGACUGGGCCAGCGGCCGCGCUGCAAUGGGCCCGAGCGAGGCCGCGACGGGGCUGAGCUCGUUCGAGGUCAUGGACCGGCUCAUUGACGAGAUCAAGGCGCAGCACCCGGCGGUCAGGGACAUUGUCUUUGCCGGCCACUCGAUGUCGGCGCAGUUUGUCAACCGGUACAGCGCCAUGAAGACGAGCCCCGACGACGGCGUCCGCGUCUCGUACUGGAUCGGCAACCCGGGUAGCUGGCUGUGGAUGGAGACCCAGCGGCCCGUCGCCGGCUCGGGCAAGUGCGCCGGCUACGACAAGUACAAGUACGGCCUCUCGGACUCGAUCCCGGCGUACGCCAGGCAGCAUUACCGCAGCAGCGGCGAGCGGAGCGGGGCGCUGCAGAGGCUGCUCCAGCGAAACGUCCACGUCCGCGUCGGCGCGAGGGACUUUGGACCCGGCGACGUGCGGUGCCAGGCCAAGCUGCAGGGCGCCAACCACCGCGAGCGCGGCACCAACUACAAGAACAGCAUCGCCGCGCUCAACGGCGGCAAGCUGCCCGCCGGCUGGAACUUUGAGGUGGUGCCCGGCUGUUCGCACGACAACGAGUGCAUGUUCAACGGCAACCUGCGCACGCUCUUCCUGGGCCAGAGCGACGCCGCCGUCGCCCCCGCUGCCGGCGCCAAGACCAAGACCAAGACCAAGGCGAAGAAGAAGAACACCAAGCGGAGCCGCGCCGACGAGGGCGAGCAGGGCGCCGAGGAUAUCGUGGCCGAGAUCGAAGAGGGCGUCUUGCGCAGGGAGAGCGAGGUCAGGCACCGUCGUCGCGGCUCUGCUCAGCACUAG